AUAUUUGCAGUUUUUUUACGAAUUAUGUUAAUUAUUAAAAUUAAGAAACCUUAUUUCUUAUACAACAUAUAAAAAAAAUAAUUUGCUCUAUAAUAAUAUUAUAUAUCGAGUAUGCGCAAGAAUUCUAAUUCUAAUUUGAUCCAUGUUCUGUUGGUCUGGGGCUUGCCGUAUUCUUAAUUCACAAGAGGGUCAAUUAAAUAUCUUAUUAUCCCAUACAUUAUCUCAAUUUAUUAAUGACUAUUCUGAAUGCUUUAACUUUUUAAAUUAAAAUAUAAUAAUAUUGAUUUACCUCUAACAUUUGAUUUUAAAAUGAUGACAUCAAAACGCCUAUAUAUAUCUAUCUUGAUCCCUCAAAUUAAAAAAACGAUCUCUGAAGGGACGUUCUUUUUAUUACAUCAUUUCAUAUUUAUUUUCCUGUUUUAAUCUCACCCAGAAGGCUUUUUAAAAAAGAAACUCAUAUAUAUAUAAUGCAUCUACUUCCUUCAUUUAUCUCCGACAAAAUAAACUCCAUUCGUCAUCGAAAGAUUAGUAAAACCACUAUCCGCGUUAAUCGCACACUUUCUUGUGAUCGCUCUGAAGGCGGGCGCGGAUCUUAUGUGAGAAAUCCUCCUACACGGCCCGACCCUCGAGCCUUCCCCUCUCUUGCUUCGCCCUUUUUCGAGACCAACUUUUUUGGCCGAUCCCCCUCUCCCAUUAAUAAAACCAACUCUCGUUAUAAAACUCUCAAAAAGGGAUUUUCUCACGAUGCUCUCUUUUGUAACACCGAUUUUGAUUACUUUACACGUCGUAAUAGCGAUGAAAAUGAUUACGAUUACAAUUUUAACCGCAAUUUAUUAUACCACAACCCCUGCAUAGUCGAUCCGGCUGAGCAUGUCCAUUUGAUAUUGGGUGGGAGUGGCGUGGCUAACUCGGAUCAAGAAUUUGAGCGCUUGUUUAUCCAGAUGGACGAGCUGCGUUUCAUCAAUUCUUCCCUUCCAAUUUCUCCUGUUAAUUUCAGCGGUCCUAACGAUCUUUCCAAUGCCCAGUCGACCAUAGGCGGUAAUGAUAUACCUUUGUGGGAGGAGGUCGCCAGAUGGGUCAAGUUUGAAGAGGACGUGGAGCCAGGCAGCAACCGGUGGUCCAAGCCCAGGGUUGCCACGCUAGCCUUACACUCUCUCCUUGAACUUAGAAGUUGCAUCCUCAACGGGAUGCUCAUAUUGGACAUGGAGGGAUCCUGCCCUCUUGACAUUGAAAAUAAUCUUAUCAGCUCUCUUCUCUCUUCUAAUCAAAUAACGACGGAAAUAGAGGCCGAUGUCCGUGGGAUACUCAAAGCACCCCACGUUUCUCAAUAUAUGAAGAACGCUAAUUUUAGGAACGUCGCUUCUAAGAGUCAUUUUCCUAACAUAGCUUCGCUACCCGUUAUAGGACCCGGUAUAGGAUUGCACGCCAAAUUCUACAACGUAACGUCUCGCAACGUCCCUUUUUCAAACAAUUACUCUAACCAACCAUCGCAGUUGGAACCUUCCCCCACAAACAAGGCUCUCGCUUCGAACGGAGAGCUAACUAAGGUUAAGCGAAUUAAAAAGAUUUCUAUGCGUCAAAGCAAGACUUCCCCCGGUCCACUGUCUCCCACUCACAAUUUGAUGGAUAAACUUGAAUCAUCUGACAACGGCUCCAAAAAAAUAUCACUCGCGGUCAAUUCCAGCGAAGAAAACCAACCGUCUUUAGCCCAACAGCAGCCUAAGGUUGGCAAUUGGCAUUUUAUGAAAAAGUUGCCUGAAAACGUUGAGGCCGCUCACGUUUUGAUAGGGGAAGCCCCCUUUUUGCAGAACCCUAUAAUCACCUUCGUUCGUUUGCGAGAUGCAGUUUAUUUAGCCGAUGCAACCGAAGUACCUAUUCCUUCGAGAUUUAUAUUUUUGCUCAUCGGUCCCAUUGGAUACGUUGACAGGUACCACGAAAUUGGGCGAUGUCUGGCUACUUUGAUGUCGGAUGAAGUGUUCCACGACGUAGCUUACAAGGCCAAGAAUAUCCAAGAUAUUUUGGCGGGGGUAGACGAAUUUUUAGACCAAGUCAUAGUCCUUCCUCCAGGAGAGUGGGAUCCUACCAUAAGAAUACAACCACCUUUGAAUAUCCCAUCCCAGCUGAAUCGAAUUAGCAAAAAAUGCUAUAAAAACGGUUCUGAAAAGGACGAAUUCAAGGUUCUCGAGCACGACGACAAGACUCUCGUUAAGACUGGCAAGUUUUGUGGCGGCCUUAAACAAGACAUAAAGCGCAAACUGCCUUGGUACUUUUGGAGCGACAUAACUGACGGACUUUCAAUGCAAUGUCUAGCAUCCUUCUUUUUCCUCUAUUUCGCUUGCUUGGCGCCGAUCGUGACCUUCGGCGGCCUCCUAGGUGAUGCUACUGGACAUAAUUUGGCUACGAUAGAAAGCUUAUUAUCUGGAGCCAUAUGUGGUAUAACAUGGUCACUCUUUGCUGGUCAGCCUCUCACCAUAAUGGGUAGUACUGGACCUAUACUCGUAUUUGAAUCCAUCGUAUUUUCCUUUUGCAGAGAUCAAGGCCUAAAUUAUCUAUCCUUCCGUUGCUGUAUAGGCCUAUGGACCUGCCUCAUACUACUCGUAAUAGUAGCUACAGAUGCUAGCGUGCUGGUUAAAUACGUUACUCGAUUCACAGAAGAACUCUUCGCUUCUCUCAUAAGUCUUAUUUUUGUGUACCAAGCUCUUAAAAACAUUUACCAUAUUAGCAAGGAAUAUCCUGUCAUUAGACGGAACCCCUUACCUCUGGGGCGAUCUUUGCUAACCCCUUCCAACAUAUCCACUUUAAUGUCGAAUUAUUCUAAAGCCAUUGCUGAUUUUACGGAUGCCGAUGGCGAUCACGGGUAUCCUCAUGUUUCCGACGUUUUUUUCUUAUCCGUCAUUCUCUUCCUCGGCACCUUUUUGUUGAGCCUUGUUUUUAAAUCUCUCCGAAAUACUACAUAUUUCCCCAUGAUAAUUAGGUACACUAUAAGCGAUUUCUCCGUCCUAUUUGCAGUACUACUAAUGCUUGGACUAGAUUUCUAUUACGGAUUGGCUACACCUAAGUUAUUGGUCCCUCGCAAUUUUAGGCCCACUUCUCCUCUGAGAAAAGGGUGGUUUGUUAACCCUCUAAGCGAAAAUCCUUGGUGGACGUCCUUAGUUACAGUGUUCCCGGCACUUUUGGCAACCAUCCUCAUUUUUAUGGACCAACAAAUUACAGCUGUUAUUAUUAAUCGGAAGGAAAAUUUACUCAAGAAAGGAUGUGGUUACCAUCUAGAUCUACUUGUCGUGUCCCUAUUAGUGGCUAUAUGUUCCUUGCUUGGAAUUCCUUGGUUUGUGGCCGCCACCGUACUCUCCAUAACACACGUCAACAGCCUCCGGGAGGAAACAGAAUGUUCGGCCCCAGGAGAGAGACCCAAAUUCCUUGGUGUCAGGGAACAAAGACUUACUGGAUUUCUCAUAUUCGUAUUCAUUGGCUUAUCUGUUACGAUGACUAAAUUAUUGCAAUACAUACCUAUGCCCGUUCUUUACGGCGUGUUCCUAUAUAUGGGGAUUUCUUCCUUGAAAGGUGUUCAAUUCAUACAAAGGAUAUCGAUAUUCUUCAUGCCUCAAAAAUAUCAACCCGACUACAUGUUUUUGCGGUCCGUUAAAACAUAUCGCGUUCACAUAUUUACAGCCAUACAAUUGUUAUCACUAGCUGCGCUCUGGGCCAUUAAAUCAUACAAGUCCAUUUCCAUAUGCUUCCCCAUUAUGGUAGUCGCACUGGUUGGCAUUCGGAAGUUGAUGGAGAAAAUAUUUACCCCCAGAGAACUCAGCAUUUUGGACGACGUAAUGCCCGAGGCAGAAAAAAAGCGAAAAAGUAUGGAUGUUUCUUUGAUAAACGACAAUAAUGGUUCUUCUGACCCACGAUUUACUCAAAAGUCCGCCAAAAAUCGAGUUGGUUUGAGACACAAAGGUCGGCGAUCUGUAAAUAGCGGAUUGAUGGGCAGGAUUCUCAGCCUUUUCCGAUCUGAAACCGGUGUUUGUAAAUAUGAGCCCGUUAAAGCCGACGCAGCUACCCAUGAUGGGGACCGUGAUGCUGACAAUGCCCUUAUAAAAGUUUCAAUAAGGCCUCAGAAUUUAGAUAUUGAAUCGAACAAUUUUGACGAAGAGACCAAACAUUUUGAUAAAGACAGUGAUGCUGAAAACACUACCCAUGUUGUAACGAAUUCUUUAAAUGGCGGAUCAAGUGAUACUAAAAUCUUAUUGUCACCGCAUAUAGAUGUUAAAGUUUCAUUAUUGGGAAACGUCAACUCAGUCAGAAAUAAAUUACCCCAGGUGUCAUCCUUGACCGACACCAUGAAUAUUACCCGUGAAGUUGAACGAACGGCAGUGUGGAAAUCACUAGCUAAGGAAAAGUUCAUAACAAACGCGUCAGCUUCCGCUAUCAACGUAUUGGAGAAUCAAAUGAUCCCAGUUUCGGGCACCAAUCCAAAGAUCCACCAACAUUAUCAUAAACACCAUCAUAAACAACAUCAUUCUCAUCAAAAUCAUUCAGAUAAAUGGGGAGUUCAAGAUUACGACUCUAAAUCGGAAAAUAAACCCUUCUUUCAAGCACCCGAUAAAUUCAGCAUUAGAAUAGGAUCUGACGAUGAAGAUGAUGGGGUUGUCAUGAUCGGCCAAAGAUAUCGUACCAAUGAAGAAGCCAUUUUAGAUCCCGCUAAAAUAUCAAUCAAUAAUCAAAUUUCAUACGAACCUGACACUUGUUUACAUAAUCAAAGAUACCCGGAUCAAACUCCAUUGGUGCAAUUACACUCGAAAAAUAAAAAUAGUUUCACAUUAAAUGGCAAAAAAGGCGCGUCUAGAGAUGAGGGAAAUAACGAAAAUUUUGAUCAUUCUAGGGUUACUGACCCGAAGAAUAUUUCAUUGUUGCCCUAGGCCCUAUAAAUUAGAUUUUGUACCUAUCGCUAUCAAAACUUAAGCAUCCGUGUUUAUAUAAUUAGCCAAAUAAUAUUUUACUUGAUUUUAACGUUGUUUAGUUAUAUUCUUGUUAUCCUCAUAAUACUUCCUUCGUAUUUAAUUUCAUACUCGCUUAUAAAAAAAUUUAUUUAAAUAAUAUAAUAUCUUAUGUGAUUUUAAUUAUUCAAUUUUUUCGAAUAUCUACCUAUUUUUAAGUAUACAUAAUAUUAUAUAAGUUUUCGCGUAUCCAUAUAUUUUCUAAAAAAUU